CGUCGUCGUCGUCGUCCUCCUCCUCUGAUCGUCGCUCAUCCUCCCCCAGGCCCCGUCUCUUUCUCCCUCCCUUCCUCUUCAUUCCAGCCAUCAUCAUCAUCCUCCUCCUCGCCUCCCUCCUCGCCCCCAUCACAGGCGUCACCACGGCUCUCCUCCCGCUCUCCGUCACCCGCCUCGUGCACCACCACCACCAUCUCGGCCAUCUCUCCUCCUCCUCCUCCCUCCUCCUCCGCCAAACCCGCCGCCUCUUCUCCCUCCACACAACCGCCACGAUGCGUCGCGACAAGUACGAAAAGGAGCUGCUGGUCGCCCAGCUCGCCGUCCAGCGCGCCGCCAUCCUCACCAAGCGCGUCUUCCACGAAAAGGCAAAGGGCACCGUCGACAAGAACGACAAGUCGCCCGUGACGAUUGGCGACUUUGGCGCCCAGGCGCUCAUCAUCGCCGCCCUGCAGCACAACUUCCCCGACGACGCCAUCGUCGCCGAGGAGGAGUCCGCCAAGCUGCGGGAGGACGAGAAGCUGCGGAGCACCGUCUGGGAGCUGGUCAAGGACACCAGGCUGGACAACCCCGACGCCGAGGCGCUGCUGGGAGGGCCCAUCAGGGACGCCGACGCCAUGGUCGAGCUCAUCGACAAGGGCAACAGCCCCGGCGGCGCCCACGGCCGCAUCUGGGCCAUUGACCCCAUCGACGGCACAAAGGGCUUCCUCCGCGGCGGCCAGUACGCCGUGUGCCUCGCCCUCAUGGUCGACGGCGACGUCAAGGUCGGCGCCCUGGGCUGCCCCAACCUGCCCGUCGACGACGCCGCCCGCCUGACGGCCGGCAUCGGCGAGAACCAGACCGACGACGACGGCCACGGCGUGCUCUUCUCCGCCGUCCUCGGCCACGGCGCCACCAGCCGGCCCCUCGCGACCGUCAGCCUCGAUCCGGAGCUCGGCAAGCCCAUCUCCAUGCGCGCCAUCGACGACCUGACCCAGGCCAACUUUUGCGAGAGCGUCGAGGCCGGCCACUCCUCCCACGGCGACCAGGCCGCCAUCUCGCACAGGCUGGGCAUCACCGCGCCCAGCGUCCGCAUGGACAGCCAGGCCAAGUACGGCUCCAUUGCGCGCGGCGCCGGCGACAUCUAUCUGCGGCUGCCCGUCAGCGCCACGUACCAGGAGAAGAUUUGGGACCACGCUGCCGGCGACCUCAUUGUGCGCGAGGCCGGCGGCCAGGUCACCGAUGUCAACGGCAAGAGGCUCGACUUCAGCGUCGGACGGACGCUGGCCAACAACAAGGGCGUUGUGGCGGCGCCGUUGGCCGUGCAUGCCAAGGUCUUGGAGGCGGUCCAGGAGGUUUUGAGCUCAAAGCUGUAAGAGAUAUAUAUAUAUAUACCUUAAAUACCUGUUGUCUAAAGUGCCUAGUAUGUAGAAUGUUUUCGCGAGAGACUUU